AUGGCUUCUGCGCAGUCUAUGUCCGGUAGCGCUCCCCUCCCCCAGUCCUCUCGCCUCCCCGCGGAUUCCUCCUACUGCGAGUCCCCCCACAUCUUCGUUGGUUUCUUAUUUUCCGAGGGUUUCGGAUUGAGUUGGAGCGUGACGAAGGAUCGGUGUUUCGCCGGAUCAUGCAGUGUCCGUGGAGUGUCUGAAGGUGCGCAGGCUGUCCAGCGGGAACGGCGGCGGGGGGAGGUACGAAUGCAGCGUUAUUUCCUGCGCGUGGAAAGCUCCGAGGACUCUAACGGGGUUCCUCGCGAGCACGACGCAGCCUCAAUGCUCCCCGCUCGACGGACGGGUAGGAGGCCGGGAAUUGUUGUGCCGUGGAAUUCCUGUGAGCAAUACUAACUGAUGAAGUUCUCAUCCCUCUCUUGUUCUCCGAUGAAAGAACCACACGUUCACUCCAGUUGAUGAAUUGGGUUUUAAGCAAUCGCUAGUUACACCCAUCUUCGUUUGAAAACGGUGGCGAUUUUAUUCCGGAGAACUUUUUCCUUUUUUCUGUUCUUCAAAAAUAACUAAGUGAGAUUUGUAAACCGAAAGAGGCCACAAAAUAACAGAAAGGGAAAGAAUUUCUUCCGAAAACAGCAUGAAAACUUCAGAUUCUCCUGAAUUUUUCUUCAGGUAAUUGACCCUUUUCGUCUCCAUUAUACUAUCAUAGAUUAGUAGUUCAUGCGGAAUAUCCCCAAUCUGACGAGUCUUGGACUGAUGCUGACCACCACUUAUGCUCCAGAAUCUCAGGGUUUAGGGUCUCAUCCGUCAUCAAGAAUUUUCUUCCUUCUGAAUCCUAAAUUUGCAGAAAACCUAAGGUCAUCCUGGGCUUAGAUCUUCUUCCAAUUGUGACAAAAAUAAAGAGAACGCAAGAUGUUGCCGAGCGCAGUAGCAAUUUAUUAUUUGGGCUAGUAGAGACAUCAUAUCCCACCAAUUUGUUCUACGUGAAGCUAAUGCUGUCAUCUAAUAAGGCAUCACUACCAAACUCCUUAGUUGAAAAAUGGACUGUGUUGAAGAUAAUCUUUCCCAUGACACAUAUCACCAGUAGAUGGUCAAUGGUUUCCUCCUGCACUUCAUGCAUUGUUUAGCCUUGCGUUCAUUCAUCAGUCUCAACGAGAAAAAUCAUUGAUGGGUUCAUUUAUCCGGAUAUUCAUAUCAGGAACAGCUCCCAUGGGAAAAUUCUAGUGUGCUGCUCUGAUAAUGUAUAAGCUGAAAUAUUUUUUUCACGCAAAAUAAAGUUGAGGGUAGUUCACAAAUCUUGAAGUUCAUAACGCAAUACCAUUAGUUAUUUUUUGAUUUACCUCUUUUUUAGAGGGGGGUUUCAAAUGUGUAAUUCAAUACUGUAGACUCUUUUUCUUUUAGAUGAUGAAAACAGACUUUGGUCAGAAACGAUAAUAAUGCAGAGUACCACAGCAAGAUGACAAGGACUAUCAUGCAAGAAGAUGGUGAAGAAGCUAGUGUUUUCUGUAAAAGACCCAGGAUUUGAAUCCUCUUUUUUGAAACGUUAUACGAUUGUGGGGUUGCAAACUUGAAAUUUUUUAUCAACAGAGACACUAGUCUUUAGUCUCUUGGAGUCUGAUGGAAAGAAUCAUUUACAUGCUCCCCCAAUUCUAGCUUCAUAUAUUGACCGAGUUUAUUAUUUGCUUAGCUGAUGCAUAUUAGAUUUUUUUUCUCAGUCUUAUCCAAAUUUAGCCUGCAUCCUUAUCAAUGAUUUGACCAUUUACAUUCAUAUUCUGCAAGAAUGUAAAUCUAUAUUAAAUUAUGCUCAAUAUUUUAAUUUAAAUAGCAGUGUUCUCUCCAACAAGGUUGCUCAAGUUUACCACUCCUUGAUAUCUAUAACCGUGAUCAUCAGAUGCUUGGUUUCUCGUGAGAAUUGAAGUCCCAUCUUUAUGAGAAGAUGAACUUUCUUAUUCAUAACUCUACCUGUUGUCCUAAUUUUUCUAUGUUAUGCUGGAAUCUUUAUUGUAAUGAUUUCUUGAAUUACAGACUGUGUGGAGAUAUGAAGCCCUUGAUGAUGGAGAUAACAACUCAAUUGCCACUGAUUAUUUGGUCUCUGAGAAAACUACGAGAUAUAAAUUUUUAUCUCUUCCUGGUCGAAAGUGGAGGUUAAGAUGUUCUUCAUCAUUUUCAGAGGCCUCUGAGUUCUCCUGCGAAACAUUGUGGGAGGUAUGGCGCUAUUGGAAUUAAUCGGAUCACAGCUACGUUUUAGAUGUGCCGAGUUGUUUGAUGCUUCUCAAUUUUAUGCCUUUUGACCUAAAAAAAUAUAUGCAAUUCUUUUUCGAUACCUUUUUCUUAUAUGGGUAAACUGGUAUGCUAGUCAAAAGGGGUGAAACAAGUCCUGAUGUGUUACAUCAUGAUAGGGUAAGAGUUUAAUUAGGAAUAAGGUUGGGAUGUUGUGGAUGCUUUCCUUAUUUCCUUCUCGAUGAAAUCCUCGUUAAAUAAGAAAGUGGGAAUCAUCAUGUUCCACAAUAAAAUGAGGGAACCUAAAUAGACAAAUGGGGUGGAAAUUGCUGAUAUGGAUCCUUCUCUUGGAAAAUGUAGCUAAUUCAGGAAGUAUUCAUUAUGUCACAUGGCUUGAACAUGGACAUGUUAUUCAUUACAUGGCUGGCCUGCUGACACUCUUGGUGGAAACCCCGACUGUAUCGGAUAGAUACAUUCAUUUUUGAGGUUGCUUGCUUGCUGCCAGAAGCAUGUUUGCAGAAUUGGCAAAAAUUACUGCCACCAGGCUGGGCGAAGCAAGAGAAGGAAAAAACACAAUAUUUCUGGUCAUGGUCUUUUACCUUUGCAAAAGAAAAUCUCUAAAGGGAACAGUGCGUUUUAGUCUCCUUUAGCUGUUGUUUCUUUCAAUAUCUGACUGCAUUGUAGCCGUGAUGUUUAUCUAACAUCAAUAUAGCUGAUGGAAUAUACCCCUUUUCCUUUUUCUGUUUUAAUUUCGUAGGGUUUGGAACCAGUUAUUUCAUACCUUCCACCGGAGGAGAUAAAUUUUGUCAAAGACGCUUUGAAGGUAUACUUCCAAUUAAUAUCUCAUAUGAGGAAAGUAAGUUUGUUAUCCCGGUGUUGGGGAUCUAUACGCUGUGUCACUAACUAGUGUUAGAAUAUGUGUUUCUUUAGCCAAAAUAUGGGUAUUAAUUUGUGCUUGCAUCCGUGUCGAUCACCAUAAUCAGAAAUUUCGUUUCUUGGGUUUUAGCGAUAAAAUAUUCUGGUGUUGUAGAGCUUUCACUUCAUUCUCUGUGUCAUAACUUUAUCAAAUUCCGAAGUGCCAUUUUGGUUAAAGUCUCAGCCUGACAGUCUCAAGUGGAUGUGAAUAUGAUUAUUGGUCAGUGCAGCUCGCCUUUGAUGCUCACAGUGGACAGAAGAGGCGAAGUGGUGAACCUUUCAUCAUUCAUCCAGUUGAAGUAGCAUGUAUUCUUGGGGAACUGGUAUGCAGCGAUUUUACAUGCUCUAUGCCCUUUUAGUUGAAGAUUGUUCUCAUUCGGCUGGUUGCUGUGUUUAAAUGAUGUUGGUUCGUUUCUGGCAGGAGUUGGAUUGGGAAUCGAUUGCUGCAGGCCUGUUACAUGACACUGUUGAAGACACAAAUGUUGUUACAUUUGAUAGAAUUGAAAGGGAGUUUGGUGCCACUGUCCGUCGCAUUGUAGAGGGAGAGACCAAGGUGCUGCAUUUCAUUACUCACAUUUAUGUGAACUUGGUGGAUCUCUUCUUCAAUUAUGCUUUGGUAUCUUUUUAAACAGGUGUCCAAGCUUGGUAAAUUGCAGUGCAAGGAUACCACUAGUUCAGUACAGGAUGUGAAAGCUGACGACCUUCGGCAGAUGUUCCUUGCCAUGACAGAAGAGGUUUGUUCCUGUGCUUAUCUGUUGAAUUUUGCCUCGAUAGAGAUUGACUUCCUUUCCUUUUUCUAGGUUCGUGUGAUAAUUGUUAAAUUAGCUGACAGGCUCCACAACAUGCGUACUCUGUCACACAUGCCUCAACAUAAGCAGGUAUCUGUGCUUCUGUCUAGACUUUCAUAAUUAGCACACAUAAUGGCUUAGUGAUUUUAUUCAUCCGUUUAUAUGCAGUCUGCAAUCGCAUUAGAGACGCUUCAGGUCUUUGCUCCUUUAGCAAAGUUACUUGGAAUGUACCAGAUUAAGGUAUAAUCGGCUGAGCUGUAUCAUUUUUAUUUAAACUGUGUAAGUAUCAACUGUGUCUUUUGGCAUGGCUCGAAUAUUUCAACAAGGCCUUAAAAUGCAAUGCCAGACAUCUGAUUCCUGAAUAAAUUGUCCAUGGUGGAGAAAGAAUAGACAAUUGUAUCCAUGGUGUUCACUAUUUAUUCUUAGAUGUAAAUGCUCGUAAAAAUUUAUUUGCAUUUCUCUGACUGUGCAAUUGUGUAUGAAAAGAAAUCUCUUGAGAACCUAAUUGAUGUUGCCAUCUUUUUUCAAUAAAUAUUGGGUUGUUGAGAUCCAAAAUAAUGAUCAACGGUACAAGGUGUGAUUAGACGAUCCAAAUAAUGAGAUCCAAAGAUUUUAUAUUUUAAGAUCAAAAUAAUCCCCUAGGCAGAGCUUUUCAACCUGUUAUCAUACCCAAAUUUGUCACAUCACAUAGUGACCAAGAUCCCCAUCAUGGUAAUUAUCUAGAGAGGGGCUUGCCAAGAUACCACUGGAACUGUUGGCAGCAUGUGAAUGUUUGGUUUGGGUUGAUGUGAUUAUUUGAGGUAUACUUCUCUACAUUAUCCACUGUGAUCAAGGCAUUUCAGGAAUUAAAAAGCAUCAUAUGCUUCCAGCCAGGGUGUUCAAAAACUUAUCAGCCAAGGUUGAUCACGUUUUUCAUUUUUAUUCGGUCAUGAUUCCAAUAUUUUGACUCUUUUUUUUCUCUUUGCAUCUCUUCUACCAUGACCUAUUCUGUGUCAUUUGUCCUCCACUUUCUCAGGAGAAAAGGAUUUUCACUAUAAUUUGUGCACUUGGGUAUUACUCUCUGUGUAAAAUUUAUACUGUCAUUAUUCUCACCUCUAAAUUUUUUCCCUAGUGUAAUGGUUGAAUGUUUUUUGGUCCUAUUCAUAUUUUUUUCGCAGUUUUAUGUGAAUAUUAGAAACUUACGUUUUCUAUUUACUUUUAACUUUUAACAGUCCGAACUAGAAAAUCUGUCAUUCAUGUACACCAAUGUUCAUGAUUAUACCAAGAUCAAGAAAAGAGUUGAGGAACUGUACAAAGAGCAUGAAAAAGAACUCGACGAGGUAAUUUGCUGUCGUUUUCUUCCACUAAAUUUAGCAUGUGCAAAUAUCACUAGACCGUAUGCUUUUGUGCUGGUCACUGUCAAGUCUCCAGAUAAUUGUCUGGAUGUUUUUCAAGACGAAUACAUUUUUUCUCAUGACUUGUUUGCCUCCAUAGGCGAAGAGAGUUCUAACGGAAAAGAUGAAGGAAGACCAGCUCCUGGAUCUCAUGACAGUGACAACAGAGAUACGUUCUGUCUGUAAGGAACCGUACAGGUUAAGGCACUUUCCUUUUAGUUUCUUUAUCUCCAAUCCCAGCUUCUUUUAGAAUUAUUGUUCCUGCUAGGUGACGUAUGAUUAUGAUCAAUCAGCAUGAGCAAGCUAUACAUAAACAUUUUAGGUCAUAUCCUGCUUCCAAUUUAUGUGGGAAGCACUCAGAUUUACCACUUUUAAUCCAAAAGUGCUCGAACAGAAGUUAAAAUGGGAAUAAAUAAAUGGAAAAUGGAUUAAAUGAGUAAAUAGGGCCGUGCUAUCAUCAGGAAGAAAUAUUUGGUUGCUUUGCCGAAUUAUUUAUUUUUUGGGCUAAUGGCUGUCCUUUCAUCUGUGGUAAUGUGGCUUGCCAUCAGGUUGACAAUCAUCUUGUCACCUGUGCAUGAGAGGUGAUCAGUUUUUACAUUUGGAAAUGGAGGGGGCCAUGGAAUGAUUUUGUGUCUUUAGGGCAUAGUUGCUAUUGUUAAUAUCCUCAUCUUUAUACCACUUUCUUUUCUAUCUUGAUGCAUCUUUUGCAAUGCAUUAUGAUGACAGUGUUGACUUUUGUUCUUCUUUCCGCUGUCAUGCAGAAAAUAUUGUCAGGAUUAGUUAUCUAUUGAUUUCCCUGCAUUGGUUCUUACACUCUCCUCGGAAUUGUGUAUCAAUCUAUUAAUGAUCUCACAGUGGCUGUUUCUGUUUUCAGUGUGUAUAAAGCCAUGCUAAAAUGCAAAGGGUCAAUAAAUGAGAUCAACCAUAUUGCCCAGGUUGGUCUUGUAGUUCCUUUGUGAUAUAUGGCAUUCAACUAUUCCGUUGGUUUUUGACUUGUGUUACUGAUACCCUUUUAUUUUCCAGCUCCGGAUUAUCAUAAGACCAAAAACACGGAUUGGAGUUGGGCCCUUGUGUAAUGCUAAGCAGGUGAUGCCAUUUCCUUAUUAACACCAAGGCACUUAACCACCCCACACCUUCCCCUUCCCCGGGCUUUUAUGGACUGAUUUCUAACGUGGAUGGGCAGAUAUGUUACCAUGUUCUUGGUCUGAUUCAUGGGAUUUGGAGCCCCGUUCCAAGAUCUGUAAGUUCUUUCGACAUUCUGAUAUUGUGAUGGAAGGAUUAUGUUUAAUAUGCGUCUCAAGCAAUGCCUCUCAUUGCAACAGAUAAAAGACUACAUUGCCACGCCAAAACCCAAUGGCUAUCAAAGUCUGCACACAAAUGUGAUUCCGUUUCUGUAUGAGAGUAUGUUCAGGCUAGAAGUACAGGUACGCCUAUCGUUGAAUAACUGGAUAGAAGUACAGUUAUCGCUUCUCUCCAUUGUUGCCCUGCACUCUAGUCUUCGUCUUUAAAAUAUUUCGUUCAUUGGUGUUUUGUUAGAUACGAACAGAAGAGAUGGAUCUGAUAGCUGAAAGAGGUAUUGCCGCUCACUAUUCUGGGAAAGGCGUUCCUGGUCCAGAGAGUAAUGGCAUGCCUGGUGGAAGAAGCUCAAGAGGGAAAACAGUCUGUCUCAAAAAUUCAGACAUCGUUUUGAGGGUAUUGCAUCAACUUUGUUUAUUAAUUGUCCUCUCUCUCUCUCUCUCUCUCUCUCUCUCUCUCUCUCUCUCUCUCUCUCUCUCUCUCUCUCACACACACAUACACACACACACACAUACACUCGUUUUGUGGAAGAGUAUAUAUAUAUAUAUAUAUAUACUGUUUACUUCAUUUUUGACACUUGGAAAGAGGGUUGGUGCAAAUUAAAAUAUUCCAAUUCCAGGUUGGUUGGCUCAAUGCGAUAAGAGAGUGGCAGGAGGAAUUUGUGGGCAAUAUGAGUUCCCGGGAAUUUGUGGAUACUAUAAUGCGGGACCUGUUGGGGACUCGCGUCUUUGUCUUCACUCCAAAGGGAGAGGUAGGGGAUAGAAUGGAUAUGCAUACAGCACACCCACAUGUUACUCCAAGAUCUCACUCAUCUUGUUUCUCACGCAGAUAAAAAAUCUACCCAAGGGAGCCACAGUGAUCGACUUUGCUUACCUGAUACACACCGAGAUUGGCAACAAGAUGGUGGCUGCAAAGGUUUCCUGCUGUCCUUUUCAAUGCUGAUGACCAGAUUUCAAAGGCUAUCAAAGGUUUGACUCUGAUUCUCUUUUACAGGUCAAUGGCAGUCUCGUCUCUCCUAUGCAUGUCCUCGCCAACGCCGAAGUUGUGGAAAUAAUUACCUAUGAGGUCAGUGUAAUCUCUCCUAUCUCUGGUUUCUGUUCCUCAUGAAGUUCUAUGAAAACGGAGUGGGGAGGACUGUUUUCUCUCCUCUUCUUCCUUAAUUGGACUUAUGCUACAUUUAAUUCAUGAAAGAAAUAUAUCCGGGCACACAUUUCCAACUCCAAAUCCCAUCUAUUUCAGGCGUUGUCCAGCAAAUCUGCCUUCCAAAGACAUCAGCAAUGGCUGAGACAUGCAAAAACACGGAGUGCACGGCACAAGAUCAUGAAGGUAAUUUUUAUUUUAAAGCAAAAUUAUGGUUAAGAAGUUUUCUCAGCGUCCCUUCCUCCCAGUAAUAAAUUUCUUUUUGGGCCAGUUUUUGAGAGAGCAAGCUGCGAACUCUGCCAUGGAAAUAACAGCGGAUGCCGUCAAGAGCUUCGUUUCGGAUGUCGAGGACAACAACGACAGUGAUGUGCUGCUUCCCGAGUUCUUCCGCGAGGCUGAAGAGAAGUUCAUGUGGAAGAAGCUUGCCAUGAACUUCGGGCAGAUUUCCUCUGCGAGGAGAGGGGAUGACGAGGACCACGUUCCUGAUGGAAAUGUGGGCAUGACCCCAAGGAUCAAUGGGAAGCACAGCAAAGGUCUGCAGCCCACGAGCCUUAGAAUCAAUGGGAGGGCGACUCUGCAGGGCAGCAGCAUCACGGGGAUGAUGCAUGCGAAUAUUCCCAUGUACAAGGAGGCUCUCCCAGGCCUAGAGAGCUGGAAGGCGAGCAAGGUGGCAUCGUGGCACAGCUUGGAAUCGCAUCCGAUCCAAUGGUUUUGUGUGGUCUGCAUUGACCGCCGAGGUUGGUUGUCUCAUCUGAAGCUCUUCUUUGCCAGGUGGUAGCCCUCCACCAAUAUUGUAAUCUUCAGGGAAAGAAGACACCUCGUUUGAUUUCAUUGCGUUAUUUUCUCUUGAAUCAUUUUUAUUAGAAUUUUCAUCCUAUUCUUGGUGAAACUAGGUUGGUUGGCACUGUUUUUCCUAUAUUGCAAUCUUUAGUGAUCUCUUGAAUAUUUGCAGGCCAAAGAGUAAACAGUCCAUUUCAUUGUAUUUGAUUAUAUUUCUAGACCCAUAGUUUUCUUGAAUUUCUUCUGCCCUGUGCUCAUUUUUUUCUGAUGUUUCAAUCCGAGUUAUAAGAGAACUGAGCUAAGUAUUAGCAUUGUUUUCCUGAUCAGUAUCAAAUCGUAAGUCAUCUUUGAAAUAUACGUAAACAAGAAAAGAAAACCCACCUCCGCAAAGUCAUCUCAUUGUAGAUUUCUCCCCUCAUUUGUUGUUUUCUUCUUCUUCCUCUAGAAUCAAAUUUUUCUUGGAUUUCAGAUCGUCAUGUGCUCAUGUUUUUCUAAUGUUUGGACCUCUGUUCCAGUCAGACAAAGCUAAUCGGCAUUCCUUCCAUUGGCAGGAAUGAUGGCAGAAGUUACGUCUGCUCUGACGGCUGCCAGCAUUACUAUCUGUUCUUGUGUGGUGAGUGGCGCUGAUAUCAUGACCCAGCCCUGAAUCAGUUUGAAGAGAUGCCGAAUGCUAGAGCUAUAGGGCCAUCCACCUCAGAACCAAUUAGCAAAAAAAAAAGAAAUAAUCGCCAUCUUAUUUUCACAAAUAUGAGCCUAUGAAAGCCGAUCACUUAGCCUUGUAGUUCAUUUAUUGGACCAUCCAACUGAGAACCAAUCACUCAUGCCUGCCUUUGUUAUCGUGAGUUUUCUUGAAAGAAAUCAAGACAGUAUUUCACUCGACUGCAAUUUUUUUGGAUGAGCAGGCGGAGAUCGACCGGAGAAAGGGCAUGGGCGUUAUGUUGUUUCACAUCGAGGGAACAGUAGAGGAUCUGGUAAUCAUCAUCACCCCCUGGGGUUCUCCAUUCAUCAUUCCAUGCUUCUUUGCUCAAAGAGGGUAUUUUUUAUUUUCUGUGUAUUUAUUUUUUUAUAUAUUCUCUUAAAUUUUGCAGGUAGAUGCUUGUUCCGGCGUGGAUUUGAUCCUGGGUGUUCUUAGCUGGUCUGCGGGCUGCAGCUGGGCCAGCCCUUCAGAGAACGGGCACUUCCUUGAGUGCUAG